AGGGUUUUUGCUACCCAGCAUCUCUCGCCGUUCAUUUCAUCUUCCUUUGCAACCCUCAAUUAUGGCGGAGCAGACGGAGAAGGCAUUUUUGAAGCAGCCAGGUGUUUUUCUAAGCUCUAAGAAGACUGGUAAGGGAAAGAGGCCAGGAAAGGGAGGCAAUCGAUACUUUAAGAGUAUCGGCUUAGGAUUCAAAACUCCUCGUGAGGCUACCGAAGGUACAUAUAUUGACAAGAAAUGCCCAUUCACUGGCAAUGUUUCUAUCCGAGGACGUAUCCUUGCUGGUACGUGCCACAGUGCUAAGAUGAAUAGAACCAUCAUUGUUCGACGCAAUUACCUACAUUAUGUCAAGAAGUAUCAGAGAUACGAGAAGAGACACUCCAAUAUUCCAGCUCACAUAUCACCAUGCUUCCGUGUGAAAGAGGGAGAUCAUGUUACUAUUGGACAGUGCAGGCCUUUAUCCAAAACUGUGAGGUUCAAUGUAUUGAAGGUGAUUCCAGCUGGUUCUGGUGGUGGUGGGAAAAAAGCUUUUACCGGAAUGUGAACUUGAGUGUUUCUUUUUUAAUGUUUACAUCUAGGAAUGAUGUCAAGGCAUUUCUGCUUUUGCUGAAUUCUCGUCUUCAUUGAUAUUCCUUUGAGAUUCAAAUUUUGAAACUUAAUGCUAGUAGUAACAAGCUUUUCCUUCCUAUUGA